AACUGACACCUAAGCACUGAUUACAAAGUCAUAACUUAAAAAUGUUUCUCCUUUAAUAUAUAGGGGAUUAUUUUUCCAUCAAUUUAUUAACAUUCCAAACUGUCCAUACUCCAUAUAUUAUAAAUACUUCACCAUGUACCUCUAACGUCCAUAACAUUUCUUCAAACAAAACCCAAGUUUCAGAGAAAAAGGAAAAGAUUAAAAAUUAAAUAAUGACAAUAAAGAGGUCAUCUCAAGCAACAUCGAUCAAGCAAAUCUUAAAGAGAUGCUCGAGUCUAGGGAAGAAGAAGAACGUCAACGGUUGCUACUAUAAUCAAGAAGAUGAUAGUUUUCCACAAGACGUGCCAAAAGGUCAUUUUCCGGUUUAUGUUGGACCAAACCGAAGUCGCUACAUCGUUCCCAUCUCGUGGCUCGAAUACUCCGAGUUUCAAACGUUGCUCCGACUAGCCGAGGAAGAGUUUGGUUUUGACCAUAAUAUGGGUCUUAUCAUACCCUGUGAUGAAGGGUUCUUCAGGUCUCUGAUCUCCAUGUUCAGAUAAAGUUCGAUCUAAAAUAUCCAAGAAAGCUGACUAAUAGCUACGUGAUGACCAGAAGAAGAUCCGUGUUAGCAAGGCAUCAACCCGCGGGUUGGGUUUUUUUGGUUCUUUUUUUUCUUUCGAAGACGAAAAUUUGUAAUAGUUGGAGUCUUUUUUCCCUCAAGUCGGCGUGAAAGGUUAGCCGGUGAUCUUGAGAGGAGUAGCUAGUUAACUUCUAUAAAUACGUUGUGAUCAAUUAAAAAAAAAUCUACAUGUUCUUUAAUAAUCCACAAUAUAUAAAUGUUCCAAAAUCAAUAAUUCAGGUUUGAAUCCGUGUCAUUAA